UCGGCGGAGCGGCGGGAGCUGCGGCUGCGGCGGCCCGGAGCGCGGGGCAGCGGCGCCGGCGCCCGGCUGGAGCGGCCCCGCCGCGCCCGAGGCACCGGCCCUGGAGGCGCUGGACAUCAGCCCCGCAGGCAGCGGCCGGACCCGAAGAUGAAAUCCUCUGACAUCGACCAAGAAUUGUUCACUGAAAGUUACUGCAAGGUGUGCAGUGCUCAGCUGAUCUCCGAGUCCCAGCGCGUGGCCCAUUACGAGAGUCGGAAGCAUGCCAGCAAAGUCCGCCUGUACUACAUGCUUCACCCCGUGGAUGGAGGCUGCCCAGCCAAAAAGCUGCGCUCAGAAAAUGGCAGUGAUGGUGACUCAGUGGAUAAGAACAAAUGCUGCACGCUAUGUAACAUGUCCUUUACCUCAGCAGUGGUGGCAGAAUCGCAUUACCAAGGGAAAAUCCAUGCCAAAAGGUUAAAACUGUUGCUAGGGGAACAACCAGCACUGAAGGCCACAGAGGCUGCUCUGGGCCCGCUGAAGCCGGCGCACACGGAGAGCGCCGCGGCCGUGCCGCCGCCGCCGCAGCGCCGGGACUCGGACAGGUACUGCCAGCUCUGCACAGCCUGGUUCAACAACCCCCUGAUGGCACAGCAGCACUACGAGGGCAAAAAGCACAAGAAGAACGCGGCCAGGGCCGACCUUCUGGAGCAGCUGGGGAAGACCCUGGACCUGGGGGAGCUGCGAGGCCUGAAGCGCAGCUACACCUGCAACAUCUGCAACGUCACCCUGAACUCCAUAGAGCAGUACCAUGCACACCUGAAGGGCUCCAAACACCAGACCAACCUGAAGAACCAAUAGUGGCUCGUCAGUGGAGAAGAGGACAAGCACUAAUGCUGCUUCUGUGGAGGGGAGCAGGUCAGCAGGAGAGGAAGCUUUCUUGGACAGUGAUCCUAUGUGGAUUCAAUAAUUAACAUGUAACUAACCUUUGCUUUGGACAAGUACAUGGAUGAUUUUUUUUUUUUAAUUUUGUGGUGAGUUAAAAUAUUUCGAUGGAUUUUUUUACCCUUUCAAGACAAUAUUUAUUCAGCACAGAGUCUAGAGUAUGAUAACUAUCCUGUAAAUACAGCACUUACUCAUCAGUCAUCUUCAGGGACAGUGGAAACAAACUAUUUUACUUUUUCAUAUUUAUUCCUAGAUUUCUCCCAAGAGUAUAAGAUUAUUCCACUACAUUAUCCAUGAUAGUGAUGUAAUCAGUCUUCAAUCAGAAAUAAACACACUUUCUUCACCUUC